AUGUUACAACAUCAACAGCAAUCAUCACAAGUAUCUCAAGGUUAUUAUGAUUAUAAUCAACCUAGUCCUGGGAGUAUGACCAAUACAGAUUCAUUAAACACAACACCAUUUUCAGUUAAGGAUAUUUUAAAUAUGGUUAAUCAAAACGACGGCUACGAAUAUGGAUCUUUAGAAAGUACCUCACAAGCUUUGUCCUCUGCUUAUGCUGCUGAGUAUGACGCACGUGUUUAUGAAGCUCAAAACCCCUUAAGCAGUAUGGUAACACAUGGUCAUCAUAUACCACCCAAUGCAGCAGCAGCGGCAGCACAAUUCUAUCCCGCUUAUCAGGAUUAUACAGCACCCUUGCAUACUCACAUGCCUCCAGCACCUCAUCACCAUCAUCAUCCUCAUCAUCAUGCAGCAGCAGCCGCAGCGGCGGCAGCUACUCCGCCAACUCAUCAAUCCUAUCAAGGUUACAAUCAGUAUUAUAUGCCUUCAACAGCCACAUAUCAGCCACCCGGUUAUCCAGCAGCCCAAACUGCCUCCUCACAGUCACUUUAUUACAAUGCCGCCGGUUAUGAUGCUUACAAUCCCCCUAAUCCAGCUGCCCAACAAUGCCCUUCUUCCCUAACACAUGCCUCUAACACCGCCUCUACACACAUGGAUUUAUCACAAUCAUCUAGUGUUAAAAAUGAAUAUGUACCCACCCCCUAUGUAACACCCUCGCCUACUUUGGAUCUCAAUAGUUCAACAGAGGUGGAUGUCAAUAAUACGCCUUCAUCGGCUCAAAAGAAGUCACCGUUGAGUAAUCAAACCGCCAUGCAUAGUUUAAUGGAAACUGCCAAUAAUUCCAAUUCUUUAAGAAAUAUUUCUACAGGUUUGACAACGGCCCAGUUGUAUGAACAAGGAUCUCUGCUCUCAAGACAACAGGAUAUCAAUAAGAAGAAAGAUAUCUCCCUGGUAACAUCAUCCAAAUCGGAACUACGUAAAAAUGGUAAACCCCGCUCCAAACGCAAGCCCCGUGUACUCUUCUCACAAGCUCAAGUUCUAGAACUGGAAUGCAGAUUUCGUUUGAAAAAAUAUCUAACUGGAGCCGAAAGAGAAAUUAUAGCGCAAAAACUAAAUCUAUCACCAACACAAGUAAAAAUUUGGUUUCAAAAUCGACGCUAUAAAUCGAAACGUGGAGAAAUCGAAGGAGAAGGACCAGCAGCAGUGAUGAAAAUUAAAUCAGAAAUAAUGCCUCAAAAUGUAGCAAUGUGGGGUAAUCCGCUACAACACUCGGCAGCAGCACAAGGACAUUUAAUGUCGGGACAACAACAACAACAUCAGCAGCAAUCACAGCUCCAUAGUCAUCAUCAUCAUCAUUUGGCUCAUCAGCAGCAGCUGUAG